AUGUUUUCAACUUCUAUGGCCGCCACACCUCAUAUAACAUUGCUUGAAAUUUUGACAUCGACACCCGAAGUAUCCACGCAUGAAAUAACCUCACCAGAAAUCUGGACCUCCACUCCAGACACAAGUGAAGCAUUUGAGGGUACAACAGAAUUUUUGUCCUCAGAGCAGCCUUCUCUAUCUGUCACACUGUUCAGUCAGGAAACGACUUCCUCACAAAUAUGGACCCUGACAUCUAAGGGUAAGUGAAUCACUCAGGGAGUUUCUGCUGUACCUUCGUCUAAAUAUAUAUUACACUUUUCCCCACCUUCUCCAGCAUAUCAACCUUUUGAGGCCACAACAGAGUACUGGUCUUCGGAGCAACAGUUUAUACCUUCAUCGUUUUUGACUAUGAAACGAAACGUUUAAAUGCUGUAUGGCUGCAUGCUUAGUCUCAAACGCUUUUUAGAGUGAUGAACGUAAAGCAUGACUCGCUAUCUUAAGAGAGGAUUCGCCACCGCAUCGACCAUGCUACC